AUGAAUUUGAAAUUUGAUAAAUCCAAGACUUUGAAAUUAAUGUAGUAAUUUUUAAGAAAGUUAUAAAGCAUUCAUAAAUAUGGCAUUUUUGAACAAAAAGUUGUGAUGAUUGAAAAAAGAUAAUUUUGGUACUUAGGUGUUAAUCUUCGAGAAAGUAUAAAUUAAGAGAUGGCACUCAGUGAAAAGCACAUGGAAUCUUGA